UUAUAAAGUGACAGUUGUAAGUAUUUGUAAAUACAAUUUUAAUCAAUUGUUCUUAUUUACCGAAUAACCUUUUUAUAAAGACGGUAAAAUGUUAGAUAAUGUUAAGCAAGUAAUAUUAGUUUUAUCUGGAAAAGGUGGAGUUGGUAAAUCGACAGUAAGCACUCAAUUAGCACUAACGCUUAAAGAAAGGGGGUUGAAGGUUGGAUUACUUGACAUCGAUUUAUGCGGACCCAGUGUUCCAUACCUAUUAAAUUUAGAGGAUCAAAACAUACAUCAAGGACCUGAUGGAUGGGUUCCAGUGUAUUUAGAUAGCGAACAGAGACUCGGUGUCAUGUCCAUAGGCUUCUUACUAAACUCCCGCAAUGACGCUGUCGUCUGGAGAGGUCCAAAAAAAACAUCAAUGAUUAAACAAUUCUUAGAAGAUGUCUCCUGGCAGGAUUUAGAUUUUCUAGUAAUUGAUACUCCUCCAGGCACUUCAGACGAGCACAUAACAGUAAUGGAAAAUCUCCGACAAGUGCCUCACUGCUCCGCAAUUAUAGUCACAACACCACAAGAAGUGGCAAUAGAGGAUGUUCGCAAGGAAAUAACUUUCUGUAGGAAAACUAAUAUACCAAUAAUGGGUAUAAUAGAAAACAUGAGCGGAUAUGUCUGUCCAACAUGUACCGAAUGCACAAACAUAUUUUCAAGUGGUGGAGGUAAGUCACUUGCGGACUUAACAAAGAUUCAGUUCCUAGGCAGUCUGCCAAUAGACCCUAGAGUCGGUAAACUGGCCGGCAAAGGGAUCGCUGCUGUGAAAGAGUUACCAGAUUCGGCAACCAGUAACGUUUUCAAUAAUUUAGCCAGCCAGUUGAGCGAGUUGACAACAAAUGGAUCAUAGUCAUUUCUACCUUAUGAUAGCCGAUUACAAAUCAAAGUAUUUUUUUAUAGAUAAUGAAAAAAUCAAUCUAUAUAUUUUAAUAAUAAGGAUAAUUGUAAUAUUUUAACUUUUCAUUUUAUGGGUUCCUGGUAUAUUCACAUAACUUAUAUACAAUAUUUUUCAACUUCCACAUAUCAGAUUGCUGUAUGAAGUUCUUUUUUCAAACAUUUUGAAUAUUUUAACUUAAUUUUUUUUUUUUAAUUUAUUGUGUGUACUUAAAGGAGUUUGAUUUCGUAUUUUCUUCAGAUACAACACCUCUUAAUACAUUACAAUUUAAUUAAAUCCUAUUCUAAGUAGUAAACAGAUUUGGGUCUCUGUUCCAAAAGCAAUGUAAUAAUCUUCCCAAAGCAAUUAUGAAUGAAUAUUAUUGUUAAAUAUCUUAACAGUUUUCGUUAUAUUUUGUUGAUUAAUUAGUAUAAAAUAACAAUAAAAAUAAAAUACUACAUCUGAUAAUCACGAAAAUAAUUCAUCAAGACUCUUCCUUCCGCUCAUUUUCAUAUUUAGGUUAAGGAGAUUGUAUGUAAAUGUUGGAAAUAAAAUAUCAAUAUAUUUA